CGGUGACCAGACAUCCUUGACACAGGUAACCCCAAGGACCAGGCUAGGGAGAGGAAGAUAGCACUGUCUCCCUCCUUCCCACCUGCACCAUCCUACCCCCAAUCCUAUCUCAAUCCUAUCAAUGGGGAGGUCUCCUUGCUGCGACGAGAAUGGCCUCAAGAAGGGGCCUUGGACGCCCGAAGAAGACCAGAAGCUCACUGACUACAUCGAGAAGCAUGGCCAUGGGAGCUGGAGAGCACUGCCUAAGCUUGCAGGACUCAACAGGUGUGGCAAGAGCUGCAGACUGAGAUGGACCAACUACCUGAGGCCUGAUAUCAAGAGAGGAAAGUUCACACCUGAGGAAGAGCAGACCAUCCUCCAGCUCCACUCCGUCCUUGGCAACAAGUGGUCAGCCAUCGCAAAACACCUCCCCGGACGGACCGACAACGAGAUCAAGAACUUCUGGAACACCCACCUGAAGAAGAAGCUGAUCCAGAUGGGUUUCGACCCUAUGACGCACCGACCAAGGACCGACUUCUUCGCCGCGCUGCCACAGCUCAUCGCGCUCGCCAACCUCCGCCAGCUCGUGGAGCAGCGCCCUUGGGACGACCAAAGUGCCAACCAGCUGCAAGCCGAUGCAGUCCAGGCAGCAAAGCUCGAGUACUUACAGUGCCUGCUUCAGUCCGCAGCAGCCAUUGCGACUAGUCCCAGCUCCAGCAGCAUCAACACCAUCCCCACUGACCUGGAGCAAAUCGGCCUCUUGAGUCCUUCACAGAUGUCUUCCUUGUCUUCGCUGUCAUCUCCAAGGAUGCUGGAGGGUAUUAAUGGCCAAGACUUGGUAACUGAGCAAGUGCCUGACAUCCAGAUACCUAGUAGCUCAUUCUUCGAACAGCCUAUCAUCAAUGGUAUCAACCAGAACUCAGAUUACAGUGCAAACAGCGGUGAGGGGGAAAAUGGCAAGCAGAAACCGCUGCUCCUGUCAGAGGACUCCCUUCCGCCACUUGCUGACUUCCCUAUUUCCAACCUCGGCGAUGCUUGCAGUACCUCAAGCUGUGAUGCUGAGGGCAACAGCACCCAGCUCCCUAUUUGGUCCGACUCGUUUUAUGAUGAGUUCAUGAACGAGUUUGCAUGAGUUCUGACUGCAAGUGUGUGUUACUCUUUGGUUUGCUUUUCUCGAUUGUAGUUUCUCACAUCUUACCUCUUAUUUGUGAUGUGAUUUCCAUUGUAGUUCUGUAGCUCCAGUUGGAUUUUUUAGCGCUAUAGCUUUCCGCAUGCAUUGGCAAAUCAUAUGCUCCGAUGCAUAUACAGUAUACGCCAAAACACUUGUACAUACACAUCUGCUCCUAUAUAAAUUUUCCAGCUUGAA